AUGGAUGACCAAACCUCGAACGCAACAGUUAUUGCGAAACAGCACAUUGACAGCAUUAGCGCGCAAUAUAGAGGUAUCUUAGAAAACUCAACUGCUCAAAGUAUCAUUGAUAGCGCAUUGCAGUUCUUCGGUGAGGAUAUCUAUUCGACCGCGGCGCACUUCCUUCUUGAGUUGAUCCAAAAUGCCGAUGAUAAUGAAUACGCCGCAAACAUCACACCAGCGUUGGUCUUGACCUACCGCAAUCGUGUGCUUCGUACCGACUGUAAUGAGUUGGGAUUCACACCUGGACAAGUUGAGGCUAUCUGUAAUCUUGGAUACAGCACGAAGAAGGACAAGGUGGAAGCGACGGGUGAGAAGGGCGUUGGAUUCAAGUCAGUUUUCAGUGUUGCGGCCUCGGUUUGGAUAGCGUCCGGACCCUACACGUUCAAGUUCGACGCAUCAAACCAGAUGGGUAUGCUGAUCCCAAUCUGGGAAAGCCCACCGGAUGCAACACGAUACGCAAAUACUUCAAUGUAUGCUCGCUUUGCGCCCCGGGCUGAUGAGAGAAUUGUCUUUCACGACUUGGACGUUGUUGGAGCCAAAAUAUUGACUUUCCUCCGUAAACUGCGUGAAUUAAACUUGCAUAUCGAGCUCCAAUCUGGGGACAGAAUAUGCUACAAUGUUGCAAGGCAGGAUACAACAUCCCCAGAUGGACUAUGCAUGACACAGUUGACCUUUACCGGUGAGAUGUUCCCCGUCGCUCAAAGAAAGACUUAUGUCGUCUGUCGAUAUGAGGUGAAAGAAAUGCCCCAGGAGAGGAAGCGACCAGGAAGACAGACCACCGAAUUGAGGAUAGCAUUCCCAGUCGACGAUUUUGGCCAGCCAGUACUGGAAAGUCAGGAUGUAUAUGCGGUCUUACCUGUGCGAAGUUACGGCUUCACGGUGGGCUCACUUAUUUCCUCCUAUAUCGAUUACAUGUUAACAUGGACUAGUUCCUUCUUCAAGGUGACUUCUUACUAUCUACAAGCCGGGAGGAGAUUUCAUCAUCAAGAGAAUGGAAUCGUCAAACAUUGCAUCCCAUCGCAGUUAGCCAAGGAGAGAGUCUUGCUUUGUGAAGGUAUCGGUGAGAAUGGCCAGGACCUACUUGCACUACCAGGCUCACUUCGAUACAUACCUCGCGAAUUUCGAGACUCUAACGGGUAUCCUCUUACUCUCUGUCCAACUACGAGAGAUAGAUACCUUUCUGUCCGGUAUUUGCAUGAGGACUGGUCUUAUAUUCAGCGGCUCGGAGUAAAGCAAAUGACUGUCAAUGAAUUCAUGGAUGACCUUGGUCAUCUGGUGAAUAACCAUGGCGUGCAAGACAGGCCAGACCAGUGGCAUGAAAGCCUGGCAAAGACAGUAAAUCAACUUCUUGGAAACUCUGAGAAUAGGAGGUUUCUUGAAGUCCUUCGAAAACUUGCGGUUCUUCCUCUUCGAGACAAUAAAUGGGUCUCGAGCGCUGACAGAGUCGUCUUCCUCCCUCUAGUACCGGCCAGCGUACCAAGCGGCCUUAAAAUCUGUGAGAUCGAUCCAGCUGCUGUCAAUGGUGGGAUGAAGUCAGAACGAGCGAGAUUUUUUGAACAUGCCGGGGCACAGGGAUAUAACCCGGCCAUUGUGUGCGACCUGAUUGUGGAGCGACAAACCGCUCGGAGUCGAGGCUGGCAGAAUAGCCAAGUCUACCAAAGGCGACUAGCAGCCAGUCGAGUCCCUGAGCUGGCUAACCAGCUAUACUUUCUUUUCAAAAACAAAUGGACGGGGGAUGGCGAGCGAUCUCUCUGGGUGUUGAAUGAGCGAAGCGAGCCUUGCCCUGCGUCCAUUGUUUACAUUCCUUCCAAAGAGCCUGAUUCAGCUGCAGCCCUACUGCACGGAAAAUCCCCCAAGAUUGAGCUUUUACACAAAGACUAUCUCGGUGUAGGCGGCGGAGACAGGUUUGACUUUAUGGAGUGGCUUCGCUCGACUUUUGGUAUUUGGCGAAUUCCACGACUAGCCACUCCAGGGAAUGCUCUGUCUCCAGAUUUUCAGCAUCUAAUUGACAACAGUACCUCAUCCACAUCAUGGCUUCUCUUACUGAAUAAACAUUUUGACCAGUACUCUGAUUGGCUUGUUCCCGGGGGAUGGAAGUCAGCAAAGGUUUCUAGCAGCCUCCGGACAACGAUGGUCGAUUGUCUUCAUGGGGAACGGUAUUUGCUCGAAGAGACCUGCCGUCCCGGCCUGGAAAAGCUUCUUCCGCGCAAAGCCCUGCUGUUAGACCCAGAAUUUGAUAACUGGAAGUUAUUGAGUCAUCUAGGAGUGAUGGUGGGAAUGGAUCUUAAGUUUUAUUUCUCGCGACUGGCCGAGUUAAAAGAGACUGAAGCCUCGUUAGAACAGAUCAGUCAGAUUUAUACCGAUAUUGAAGCCAAAAGUCAGGACAGCAGCGGGCUUAUUAGGUUGGUCCAGUCCACUUGUAGGUGGCGAUUCAUAUCUGACAAAUACCCCAGGUCGACGUUCACCAAUGACGCUCUCAUAUGUGUGCCGAACCCAAGAUCCAAAAAUGGAUUCAGCUGGCUUCAGCCUAAUGACUGCAUCUGGAAGGGCCCAAAAAGUUUGAAACAUACACCCAAGCUUCAGGAGCUUUACCCAGAUAACGAAGUUCUCUUUAAGAAGAUUCUUAAGCUUCGCAAUGCCGGUGCCGAGUUACUGCUGAAAGAGAUUGAAGAGUUCAAGCCAGAAAACCCUACUCAUAUCUUGGAGGUCCUACAAGAUGCAAACGUUCUCCUGAAAGAUACAGAUCCAUUCAGUCUGGCCCUAAUCCAGCGGAUGAAGAUAUUGCAAAGUGAUCAGAAACAGACUUCCAAGUCUGUUGCUGAUCGAACCUGGCUCGUCUAUCUGAAACAGGAACUGCCCCCAGAAGUAGAAACAAUAACUAUAGAAGGGGGAAUCAGCACAGAUGAUAUUGCCUCCGUGUACCGGCAAGUCAUUUAUGUGGCACAGGAAAUAUACGAUCUAAAUAUACCGAAGCCUGAGAGAAAGGAAAGUUACGGUGUAUCGAAAAGACCACCGCUGGUGGAAGAGCUGUCUAUUCCAAUACGCCAGACAGACUAUUCACCUCCUAGGGAAGGCGUGCAACUCAGCUUGCCGCAUGCUGAUAAAAACGUGCCAUCGCAGGCAAUUUUGAAGCAACGCAGAAGAAAUGAAGUAUUGUUCCAUGCUGAGCAGAAGCAAGGCAAUCAGACGCCCCAGCUCCUGAAGCCUCGGGCUAAUGGUCAGAUGUCUUCUCCCGCUGUGUCUCGAGAUCGUAAGGGCGCAACGGUUAUACAGAUACCUGGCUUUCCACAACACUUGCUUCGUGAUUUCUUGCAUAACCGCGUUAGACGGAAAGACCCAGUAGCACCUGCCCGGAUUGUAUUUCUAACUGGUGAUGAAGACAGGCUUGACAGUCAUGAUGGCCUCUGCAUUGGCCAUCGAAUCAAAACACAUCCCGGUAGAGUGCACAUAGAUGAGGGAACGGGAGUCAAGACUGUCUUCAUGGCUGUACCUGAUCCAAUUCGCCAAGAAGAAAUGUUUUCAGGUGAACUUGUGGUUUCGCGCAUCCUACAGGAAGCACUGGGGAACGAUUACAUACCCGACAAGCAUUGGACAAGCUCGUGGAGAUCGCGAGUUGGUUAUGGCACCUACGAGAGACCAGAAGGUUCAAGGGUGCCACACACGGCCUUUGCGAUCCCUAAUUCUUCCUUAUUCACAGAUUUCCUCGUGAACCACGGAUGUGGCCAGGCCAAAUGGUGGAAAGGAAAGUCAGUUACGUACUAUCUAGACGUCCAAGUCACGUCGGGAGAUUUACAAACAUCUUUUCGAAUACAUCAGAAGAACUUUGAAACGGCUCGGCAAACUGCUCUGGAGGGGGCUGAAUGUCAUACGGUAUACGCACUUAUGCGACUCUAUAACAUCUAUACCGAACCAGAGAUAGCUAUAUUCGUCAACCUUUGGAAACUAUAUACUACUGGAAACCUCAAUGUAUCGGUAACGGGUGAUCAUUAUGUGGCUAAAUUGACAGGUGCGCAGACAGAUACCCCCAGUCUGUCUCUUAGCAGUUUUCAACCCACUGGCCAUUACAAGUUCCAUGCACUGGAGUCGCUGAGGCACAUUCGAGUGCUGAGACUUUGCGGUCAGGAAAAUGACCUAGUACUCCGAGGAGAUAUCCUGCACGUCUCUUUGGAUGAGAGCCCGUCAUUCAUCGCCCUGUCGUACACCUGGGGAUCAGCUUUGAAGCCAUUUUCCAUGCGGACCCCAGAAGGUGACAUUCCACUUACUGCCUCCCUAUACUACGCACUGAGCCGGAUUCAUCAGACCGAUGGCUCGAUCAAUAUUUGGGCCGACGGCAUAUCUAUCAAUCAAUCGGAUGCAACUGAAAAGUCACAGCAAAUUAGUUUGCUACCGACAAUAUAUCGUCAAGCUACCCAAGUAUAUGGAUGGGUUGGCGACGGCGCCAAUGACAGCAGCCUAGCUCUGAAAUCCUUGCAGGACAUCCACGCCUCACCACUCAUGGUCUCAAGGCUUGGAAAACGAGCCUGGGCGGCUAUAAUUGAGUUAUUCGCAAGAGCGUGGUUUGUACGAGCAUGGAUCAUUCAGGAGGUAAUUCUCGCGAGGGAUCUCCACAUUGUUUGUGGUUCCGAGAAGCUACCAUGGGAGAAACUGUACAGUGCGGUGCAGACAUGCGAAAAAUAUGCUGAAACUUCAGUGAAGAACCUCAAGAUUCCUGCCACCCGAAAUCUGCAACCAAUCCUCAGCCUAGGCGAGACGCGAAAGAAAUAUCACGAGAAUCAGAAGCGCGAGCUCUUGGAUCUAUUUGAGCUCUUUCAACAUGCGAAGUCCACGCUCAAACGGGAUAAGCUGUUUACGCUACUCAACAUCGCUGCAGAUGCAGAAGGUUUUAGAACAGACUAUCGCAACCCGCUUGAGAUUGUUAUGUGUAGCUACGCCUCUGUAUUUGUUGCCCGUGGAAAGGCCCUGGAGCUUCUUUCACGAGCACGGGGCGUUUCUUCUUCCCGCCGCUUCCCAUCGUGGAUCCCGGAUUGGACCACUAACCGGUACCCCAAAACAACAUGUUCAUGGCCGUCAGAUCGAGCCUUUGAUGCAGGAGGCGGUGGUAUAGCGAGAAUUAGGGUCGAUCCCGAGAACCAGGCAGUUUUAGAAGUCGCUGGGUCAAUCAUUGACACGAUUGUUAAGGUCGGCAGUCGUCCGUCCACGAUUGAUAAGGCGAUGGAAUACAUGUCUGAAGUGUUGGAGUUCAUCGAUUCGUCGAAAUCAGACUUUCCUAACGACGACGAGAUGGAGGAUUUGGAAUUCACAAUACCUAUUGGCGACGCAGCGCAUGGCCCAUGGGGUGAUCGACAGGGAUUGAAAAGGUCCUUCCAACUGCUCGGCCAGACUCUGAACCGAACAAAAGCUCCGCAGUCGCCAGUCCUCGUCAAUGUGGAUACUUUGCGGGAGGAUCUAUGGUUGUAUUGUCUGACUGCUGUGCAAUUUUCUGAGCGGUUUGGGUCUGCUGUGGUGUGUCAAACGGCACGAGGGUAUCUUGGGUUGGUUCCUGCGGGCGCGAAGGCAGGGGACUCCCUUGCUCUAAUAUCGGGUGGGAAAGUGCCAUUCUGCUUGCGACAUGAGCUAGAAGAUUAUCAGGUAGUUGGAGAGGCUUACAUCCAUGGCGUCAUGCACGGGGAAGCAUUCAAGCCCGAGGAUGUGAAGACACUUCGUCUAUCCUAG